UCUGACAGAGCAUGCAGCAGGAGCGCUUGUUGAAGGUGUUAGUGGUGGGGGAUCUGGGUGUGGGGAAGACGGCCAUCAUCCGCCGCUAUGUGCACCAGGUCUUCUCUCAUCAUUACCGAGCCACUAUCGGAGUGGACUUCGCGCUCAAAGUGCUGCAGUGGGACCCGGGCACCGUCAUCCGCCUCCAGCUGUGGGACAUCGCCGGACAGGAGCGAUACGGAAACAUGACGCGUGUGUACUACCGUGAAGCUGUAGGGGCGCUGGUGGUCUUCGACAUGACCCGCGCCUCCACUUUACAAGCUGUACUUAAAUGGAAAGGGGACUUGGAUGCUAAAGUGGCCAUGUGUAAUGGGUACCCGUUGCCCGCUGUCUUGCUGGCGAAUAAAUGUGACCAGCAGAAACAGGGCCUGUGUGCCAAGCUGCCCAAGAUGGAGAGUUUUACUAAAGAACAGGGAUUUGUCGGCUGGUAUGAGACGUCAGCUAAGGAUAACACAAACAUUGACAAAGCCAUCAUGCACCUGGUAGAGCACAUCAUGGCAGGCGCUGGUGAGAAACCUGCAGUGAACCCGGACCCCAGUCGGGUGAUCCUCCCCACCUCCGACUACAACCAGCAUGAACGCAGACAGUCCAGCUGCUGUUCCAGACUGCACAUACCUCCCAAAGAGCCUGAGCAAUUCUAGCGGCUAAAAGGAAAUAGACAUAUGUACAUUACAUUUGUGUAAGUAAAUGUAAAUGCUAUUAGCCAUGACGGCUAUUAUUUAUACCGCAGCACUUGUUCAUGUACUAUAUCCACUGCACUUUUUCUAUAUAGUGUUUUUUAUGGUGUUUCACUUUUUGAGUGUCAAAAUGGUCACUGGACGACAGUUAACUGCUUCCACAGAGGAACUUGUUGUGAAGUUUUUAGUUUUGCUGAACUAAGCAACACAGCAGGACUGUUGAGGAAACUGAGGGCAAGCCAGUAACACCUCUGUCUUAAAAAACAAAUCUACCAAAAAUGCUGCCUGAAGCACCGCCAACACUGUAACAGUACGGCUAUGUGGCUGAAAGGGAGAAAUGAUUCAUAUUUAAUUAUUUAUUUAUAUUCCAAAUCCCACAGACCUUUUGUAAAAAUUUUAAUAGUACUAUAUAUAUAUAUAUUCUACGCUCUUCCUCUCUUCCUCAUGGAUCUGAUAUUAACGUUUUAAAUCUUCCAUGCUACUACCUUCCUGUCUCCUCUUGGAUCUGAUAUUAGCGUGCUAACUCUCCCACGCUUUCUUUCUCUCUCUCGCUCUCUCUCUCUCUCUCUCUCUCCCUCCCUUAAUCUUCCCCUCCCUCGAGUGAACACUUUCUGGUUCGUCUCCGGACGGACAUCUAUAGAACUUCCACUCUUUGUUCUGCAGGAUUUCACAGGACAUGUUAAAAUGGUUUAUGUUAUUUGUAGUAACAGAUGUACAAGACACCAGGUGUUCGUCCAAACAUAUACAAACACUGUCUUUUCCUGUUAAUAAACAGAGACAUUUCUGACAGAC